AUGGGCUGCAGUGCAUCAACAGGAACAGUAAGUUCUGUCAAUUUUCAUAUUCCUGCCGAAAUAAGUUCACCCACACAUCCUCACCAUUCUCAAGACCGUACUAUGAACGGAGAAAAAGAGAAGCAACGUACACAAGUGCAAGAUCUUGUACAAAAUUUUCUUCUCCUUUGGCUCGAUGGUAACUUGAACGAGUCAAACGAAGAUUUUCGCAAUUCAAUUACGGAAUUACGACGAACUGUCGACACUAUUGAGACAUUUCGUGAUGCUGAUGAAUGUCUUAAAUAUAUUUCAGGUUUUAAAAAUGAAAAAGCUUUUCUCAUUAUAUCUGGAGCUCUUACGGGAAAUGUUGUACCACGUACUCACGACAUGUCUCAAAUUUAUGCAAUCUAUAUCUUUUGUCGCAAACAAUCAAAGUAUGAACAAUGGGCAACAAAAGAGUGGCCUAAAGUAAGAGGUGUGUUCACGGAAAUCGACUCCAUUUGCGCCUCUGUUCGACAAGCAGCUCUAGAAUGUGGUGAUGAUGCUGCUGCAAUUACUGGUGAAAUAGAACCAUCAUUUAUGUAUACAACGCUGUUCAAAGAAAUUAUACUUGAAAUUGAUUUUAACGAAAACAUUACAAUUCCAGAUCUUGCCAAUUAUGCUCCUCUGCCUCCAAAUCAUCCAGAUUUGGCCAUCAUUAUGAGCAAGAUCGGUUCGGUGCACAAUAACAUGAGUGACUACGCGAAAGCACUUGAAUUUUACGAAAAAGCACAUCAAAUCUACGAAAAAGCUCUGCCCCCGACUCAUCCGUCAUUGGCUAUUUCGUACAGCAACAUCGGUCAAGUGUAUAACAACAUGGGUGACUACUCGAAAGCACUUGAAUUUUACGAAAAAGCACAUCGAAUAAAAGAAGAAGCUCUACCUCCGAGUCAUCCAGAUUUGGCUAUCACUAUCAGCAAAAUCGGUUCAGUAUAUAACACCAUGGGUGACUACUCGAAAGCAUUUGAGUUUUACGAAAAAGCACAUCAAAUAAAAGAAAAAACUCUACAUUCGAGUCAUCCCUCAUUGGCUAUUUCGUAUAGCAAUAUCGGUCAAGUGUAUAAUAACAUGGGUGACUACCCGAAAGCACUUGAGUUUUAUGAAAAAGCACAUCAAAUAAAAGAAAAAGCUCUGCCUUCGAAUCAUCCCGAUUUGGCGAUUGGUCACUUGAAUUUUGCCGCAUGUUACGAAAGAAUGGGUGAGUACACAGCAGCUCUUAAAGUUCUUCAAACUGCUUUUGAAAUUCAACGAAAAACAUUUGAAGAAAAUAAUCCAGUUUUUGUCUCAACAUAUUCUGGAUUUGGAAGAGUUUAUCGCUUUAUGAAAGAUUACUCUAGAGCACUUGAUUACUUUGAAAAGUGUCUCACAAUAGAUCAAAGAAUACUACCUGAAAGACAUCCGAAUUUAGGUAUAACAUACAGUAAUGUUGGUGAUGUUCAUCGAUUGAUGGGUGAUUAUGAAAAGGCACUCUCUUUUCAUCAAAAAGCAUUAAAUAUUCAAGAAAAUGUUCAAUGUAAUCCUCUUCAAUUUGGGACCACAUAUACUAAUUUAGGUAAAACAUAUCGUGAAAUGGAAGAUUAUCCCAUGGCAUUGUCAUAUUUUCAAAAAGCAUUAGAAAUACGAAAAAAGAAAUUACCAAAAAAUCAUCCUGAUUUAGCUAUAAUCUAUCACAAUUUGGCGAAAGUAUAUUUGGCUACUCAAGAAUAUAGUAUAGCAAUGAACAAUGUACAGCAAGCGAUCGAAAUUGCUCAAGAAAAAUUACCUUUGAAUCAUCCUCAUCUUUUGGACUAUAAGGAAACAUUUAAAAAAAUUGCAAAGAAAGUGUAA